GCAGAAUGUAGGGUAAUACCUAUUUCUCUUACAAUUUGGUAUUAUAAGAGGAUAUUAUACUUGUUUUAAGAAGGUGAUAUUGACUUUAUUGAUUUGCUUUUACAAAGUAUAUAUUUGUAUAUUGAUAAAUAUAUACACACACACACACAUACAUGAAUACAUAAAAAAGCGCGGCGGCUCGGAGAGUCCAUAAUCUGAUGUCCGAUCAAAGAUAACAACAAGAAUUGGAGUAAAAGUUCUUUUCUUCUUUCUUCGCUUUACAUGAAUUAUAAUAUAUGUGAACACAUAUUUUAGUUGAAUAAAUAAAUAAAUAAAUAAAAAUUAACUAAAUCGUUUACUACCUUACUUUACUGACAUGUCAUCAAGCAAUAAUUCUGGAAAUCGUGAACAUAAAAGAAAGCGAUUAACACAAGCAUGUGAAUUAUGUAGAAGAAAAAAAAUAAAAUGUGAUGGUGGUAAACCAGCUUGCAAUAAUUGUAUAAGACUUAAGAAUAUUUGCACAUACAGUUCAACUAAUAAAAAGCGUGGACCACGUCAAGGAUAUAUUGAAAUUUUGGAACAAAGACUUGCAAAAAUGGAACAGAUACUUUUGUCAGAUUCUAUUAGUAGUGGCAAUACUUUGUCAGACGUAAAAGGGUUAGAUCAAACAAGUUAUAAAGGCAAUCAAGUAGAAGAGCAGAAGCGAUACAACGAGACUUUACCACAUAUAUCUUCUUCGACUACCCAUUUUACUUCUGCUGAAGGAUAUAAUAAUGAUAAUGACACGAUGAAUAACUAUAGUGAAAGUAGCAAUAAUGCAAGGAAAAAUCAAAAAAAGCGGUCAAAUGAAGACUUAUAUAGUGAAACAUCACCAUCAUCCUAUUCGAGUUUUUCGCAUAAUUUUCCAUCAUCUAAUAUACACAUGUUAAAUCAAUGUUCACCUUUACUGCAAGAAGAUAAAACCAAUCAAAAUAAUUUAUUUCCCUCAAUGAGUGUUAUUGAACAUUUAGUUGAUAUUUUCUUUAAAUAUUUAUUUUCGAUAACGCCUAUUUUUGAUGAACGAAAAUUAAGAGAUGAUAUUAGAGAUCAAAAAUGUUCAGAUUUUUUGAUUUUAUGUUUACUUGCUGCUUGUGCAAGUGUGACUUAGAUUUUCUGAUCGACCUGAUAUAAAGGAGAAUCCACCUUGGCGUUCUGGUGAAAAGUAUGCUGAAAAAGCGCGAGAAAUACUUAUAAAAG